CUGAAAAUAAAUUUUUUUUUCUUUGACACAGAAUCUCUCUCACUCUUUUUCUUUCCUCGGAAAAGAAAAUGUCGUCGGCGGGAAUAUUUGGAGGCGGUGACCGCGGAGGAGCCGGUGGCGGCACGGCACCGCAAAAUUACUUCUGCUAUCAAUGCCAACGGACGGUAACUAUCUCUCCUUCACCUUCUCCGACCUCGGAACUAGUUUGCCCUAAUUGUCAUGGCGGAUUUCUAGAAGAAUCCGAAUCCGCCGACGAGCCACCAUCGCCUCCCGCCGUCGGUCCUGACCUAUUUUUCCCUCCUAUCUUCGGAGGCGGCGGUGGUGGAGGUGGGGGCGGAGGUGGGUUUCCGGUUAUUUUCUCCAGCUCUUCCGGCGGUGGUGGAGAGAUUGACCUAUCCGCCCUCUUCGGCGGGGCCGCGGGCCACCCUGCCCAAUCUCCAAAUGAGUUUAAUCCUUUCGCCUUUCUCAACAAUUAUCUCAAUAAUCUCCGCGCUGGCGGGGCGAAUAUCCAGGUUGUGUUUGACAACCCUGGAGGUGGUGUCGGGAUUGGCUUCGGCGGCGGCGGAGGACUUCCCGGGAAUUUUGGGGAUUAUUUUGUUGGACCGGGUCUGGAGCAGUUGAUUCAACAAUUAGCGGAGAAUGAUCCGAAUAGAUAUGGGACCCCGCCUGCGUCCAAGUCUGCUGUGGAAGGAUUGCCUACCGUAAAAAUGACAGAGGAGUUGUUGGCAUCGGAUUCUUCACAAUGUGCAGUUUGUAAGGACAGCUUUUUGCUUGAUGAGGAGGCAAAGCAGAUGCCUUGUAAGCAUAUAUACCAUUCGGAUUGUAUAUUACCGUGGUUGGAGUUGCAUAACUCUUGCCCGGUUUGUCGGUAUGAGUUGCCUACAGAUGACCCUGAUUAUGAAAGCCGAAGAAAUGGGCAGCAAGGUGGAAAUAAUAGUACUAGCAAUGUUAGAAGUUUUGGUAUUAAUAUUCGUACUGAUGAUAAUUUAGGUACAGGGUCUGGUGGUUUAAGUGGUGGUGCAGUGAACCAGGAAACUCCACAGACACCGAGGACGGUAGAGAGGAGGUUUAGGAUAUCAUUGCCAUGGCUGUUCAGAGGGUUUGGAUCCCCUGCAGAGACCAGCGGAAGUGGAGGAGCUGCAAAUAGUGAUGGAGGAAAUAAUGGUUCUCGUCAGAACAAUAACAAUAGUGGAGGGUCAAAUACGGAUUCUGGAGGACAAGCUAGAAUGGAGGAUCUUGAUUGAAGAGCAUCAUCAGGGUGCUGCAUGUACCGAGUUGAAAAUGGAUGGACUUUGUUAUACAAGGGAUUAGUCAUAGAUGCAACUUAGUGUAUGAUUGCAUAUUGUAAUAAUGAGGAAAUCUGAUGCCUUAUUGUUCUCUCUUCCAAAUGGACAUGUUGGAAUUUUUGUACAUCACCUUUUUGAAUUUUUUUUUGGGUACUUUUACGUUGUAUGUGUCAAUUUAUGGACAAAACCUGCAUUUAGACCGUAGAUAGUAGCGGCUUCCAUUUGAUGCUUGCGUAUAGGUAUGAUAUGAAUGUUGUUUAAUGCAAUGA